GAAGCUGAAUGUACGAAGACUGUGUCACAACUGCUUGCUUUGUGUUUUCCACCUGUUGCCGAUUCUACGCGUUACCAUUGCUCUGGUCGGAUCGUUUCGGUUGAUUCUUCUAUGCAGUGGUACUACUUGGGUUGUGCGCUUUGUUCCAAAGCAGCCAUAGAUUAUGAUGGUGUUGACAAAUGGUGUGAUGACCACCGUCGUUUGGUGCCUCAACAAACACAGAACUUUUACAAACUUCGG